GCUCUUUGUGAGCUGAGAAGGAGAGAAAUGGCUGAGAGUGGAUGCUGGGAGCGGUUUGGGGCGCUUUGCAAAGUUCUCCAGCCCGGCGAGCCUGCGGUGUGCCUACCAGAGGCUGGGGGCCCGUCCAUCUGGUCCUGCCCGGCGCCCCUUCCACCCUGCAAGCUCUGGGAAAGGUCUCUCUCAGUGACACCAGAGGCCAUCGCAGCCCUGGUGAAGGGGUUCCAGUGACUUGCUUUACGAGGUGUUUACACUGGGGGUGGGGGACAGAAGGGACUGGGCAGAGAAGUUACCUGGAAUCAACUAAAUUCCUGCGCUUGUUUAGUGCUGACAUUUGAAUCAGAUCCAAGAUGUUCUGCUUUUCUCCCGGGCUGUCCUGAUAAGUCAGCAACAGGCUGAGGUUCCAGACCUGGAAUCUUAACAGCAAAAAGAAGUGGGUCGCCGAGCUAACUCCAAGCUGGUGUGCAACGUGUCCGCGCAGUUCCCGGCCCAAGAGCUGGAGUCACCAUGGCGGCUGGAGUUGCAGCCUGGCUGCCUUUCGCCCGGGCUGCGGCCAUUGGGUGGAUGCCCGUGGCCAACUGCCCCAUGCCCCUAGCCCCGGCCGACAAGAACAAGCGACAGGAUGAGCUGAUCGUCCUCAACGUGAGCGGGCGUCGGUUCCAGACCUGGAGGACCACGUUGGAGCGCUACCCGGACACGCUGCUGGGAAGCACCGAGAAGGAAUUCUUCUUCAACGAGGACACCAAGGAGUAUUUCUUUGACCGGGACCCGGAAGUGUUCCGCUGCGUGCUCAACUUCUACCGCACGGGGAAGCUGCACUACCCGCGCUACGAGUGCAUCUCCGCCUACGACGACGAGCUGGCCUUCUACGGCAUCCUCCCCGAGAUCAUCGGCGACUGCUGCUACGAGGAGUACAAAGACCGCAAGCGCGAGAACGCCGAGCGGCUCAUGGACGACAACGACUCCGAGAACAACCAGGAGUCCAUGCCCUCGCUCAGCUUCCGCCAGACCAUGUGGCGCGCCUUCGAGAACCCGCACACCAGCACCCUGGCCCUGGUCUUCUACUACGUGACUGGCUUCUUCAUUGCUGUCUCGGUCAUCACCAACGUGGUGGAGACGGUGCCUUGUGGCACGGUCCCCGGCAGCAAGGAGCUGCCGUGCGGAGAGCGCUACUCGGUGGCCUUCUUUUGCCUGGACACUGCCUGUGUCAUGAUCUUCACGGUGGAGUACCUCCUCCGGCUCUUCGCGGCGCCCAGCCGCUACCGCUUCAUCCGCAGCGUGAUGAGCAUCAUCGAUGUGGUGGCCAUCAUGCCCUACUACAUCGGCCUGGUCAUGACCAACAACGAGGACGUGUCCGGGGCCUUCGUCACGCUCCGGGUCUUCCGCGUCUUUAGGAUCUUCAAGUUCUCGCGCCACUCCCAGGGCCUGCGGAUCCUGGGCUACACCCUGAAGAGCUGCGCCUCGGAGCUGGGCUUUCUCCUCUUCUCCCUCACCAUGGCCAUCAUCAUCUUUGCCACUGUGAUGUUUUACGCCGAGAAGGGCUCCUCUGCCAGCAAGUUCACAAGCAUCCCAGCCUCUUUUUGGUACACCAUUGUCACCAUGACCACACUGGGAUAUGGAGACAUGGUGCCCAAGACAAUUGCAGGAAAGAUCUUCGGCUCCAUCUGCUCCCUGAGUGGUGUUCUGGUCAUUGCUCUGCCAGUCCCUGUGAUUGUUUCCAACUUCAGCAGGAUUUACCACCAGAAUCAGAGAGCCGAUAAACGCAGGGCACAAAAGAAGGCCCGCCUUGCCAGGAUCCGUGUGGCCAAAACAGGAAGUUCCAAUGCUUACCUGCACAGCAAGCGCAAUGGGCUCCUCAAUGAGGCUCUGGAACUGGCGGGCACCCCAGAAGAGGAGCACAUGGGCAAGACCACAUCACUCAUCGAGAGCCAGCACCACCACCUGCUGCACUGUCUGGAAAAGACCACUGGGUUGUCCUAUCUUGUGGAUGAUCCCCUGUUAUCUGUACGAACCUCCACCAUCAAGAACCAUGAGUUUAUUGAUGAGCAGAUGUUUGAGCAGAACUGCAUGGAGAGCUCAAUGCAGAACUACCCAUCCACAAGAAGUCCCUCACUGUCCAGCCACCCAGGCCUCACAACCACCUGCUGCUCCCGUCGUAACAAGAAGACCACACACCUUCCCAAUUCUAACCUGCCAGCAACUCGCCUACGCAGCAUGCAAGAGCUCAGUACGAUCCACAUCCAGGGCAGUGAGCAGCCCUCCCUCACUACCAGUCGCUCCAGCCUUAAUUUGAAAGCAGAUGACGGACUGAGACCAAACUGCAAAACAUCCCAGAUCACCACAGCCAUCAUCAGCAUCCCCACUCCCCCAGCGCUAACCCCAGAGGGGGAAAGUCGGCCACCCCCUGCCAGCCCGGGCCCCAACACGAACAUUCCUUCCAUAGCCAGCAAUGUUGUCAAGGUCUCUGCCUUGUAAAACCACUGGACAGAAAGCCACAUGGGGUAGGGGGAGUGAAGGGGGCUGGCAUGUUGGUGGGUGGCCAGUGGGACCACUCCCUCCCCCGUUCUCCACUCUUUCUGCCUGCCCCAUUGCACCCCUAGCACUGAGAAGGAAAAAGAGGCAGCAAGGGGCACCCAUGGUCCCCACUGCUGACCUGGACAUAGCCCUGUGAUACUGCAUCUCACUGGGGCCAGAGAAAGGGAGGGAGGGGAAGGGUAGGGGACGGGCGGUGGGGGGAUAGGCUGCCUGUCAAGGCAGGUCCUGGAAGGGGAGCCUCAGACCAAAUGACAAUUGUUUCUGGAGUCCCCAGUGAGGAAACUAUAAGACCAAGAGCAGCAGAGGCCAAGAGGUCACAUGCAAAACAGGAAGAAAAUAUAACACUGUGUAUUUAAGCACCUUUUUCAAGGCUCUUAAUGGAUAAUAUUUAUUCAUGGGAAAAGGUGGAAAACAAAAACACCAACGGAUUUUUGUGAAAUGUUUUUCUCCAUGGACCCAACAUCUUUGAACCAAAACAAUGCAUUUUGUGAGGGUUUGUUUGUUUUUUUUGUUUUUUCCUUCCUUUUAUAGCAAAAGCUUUCAGGCUCUAAGUCAGUUAUAGCUGAGUUCUUUCUCCAUUCUCCCAGGUGGGUGAGGUCAACUGAGUCUGGGCCCUCAUUGCCCAGCUGACCUGCACAGAGCUGCCAACUGACCACACAAUAACCCUAUGCUCUGUCUGUCCCUGUCUCCUUUGUCUCUGUACCUUUCUGCUUCCCCCUGGCUGUUUUUCUCUGAGUCCAACCAUCUGUCUCUACAUGGAUCCAGUGAUCCUGAGACGUGCUAGUAAAGCCUUCUCUGUCACUGCCAAGUAUUACAGACUUGUGCCUGGGAGUUACAUCUGAGUGAAUGUAGAGGAAGGAAUGAAGCAAGAAUGGGGAGAGUUUCGGGAUAAGGCCAGUCCACCUAAGAACAAAGAUGUUUCCCUUGUCAUUGGAACCACUAGUAUUUGCAAUUGCUCUUUCUGGGGAAGAGAGGAAAUGGUCAGAUUUAUCACACUGAGAUCUUGAAAAAGGAAAAGCCAACUUCUGGGAAGCCAUCAUCUCUAGUGUACCUGUGAAGAGAGGACAGAAGACUCCAGGACUCACAGCUGCAGCUGUCCCUUUGGCACCUGGUGUCUAUCCUUCAUGUCAGGAUCCACCAUAAAAUCCAUCAGGAGCUCUGCAAAAAGACCCCAUGAGCAGUUUCUUCCAGAAAGGACAGCAUAAUGGACAAGAGUCUUCUGACUUACCUCCAGCCUGAGGCAACUCCCACAUAGAGGCUGCAGGUUCAUCCUGUGCCUCAUGAAAGAUGUUUCAAAGUAUGAAAUCAAAUUAGAGAUUCUUACCUGGUCUGAAAGAUGCCUUGGGUCUGAAGCAUCUUCAGGCCUGAUCUCUGAAGAUAGCUGCAAUGAGGAAGAAGCUGAUCGCCUCCAUACAAAUGAGGGAAUGAAGAUUAUUUCUUGAAAACCUGGACAGCUUUUUUGUUCUAGUUUGCAUCCUGGUGGGGCUGGGAACAGCAUUUCUAGAAUCCUCCUAACCAUUUUCAUCACUUAUAGCAGAGCAGGUGGGCCUCAGGGUUAGUGACAAGCCCUUUCCUGCCCUCCUCAAUCCCCAGCUACCCUACUGCAGCCUCUGUAGCCUGGGCACUGAAAUGCACAAGCUUCCCCGGAACUCCUCAUACAUUCUGCAGCUUGGAGUUUAACUGUUUAAUUGUAGGCCAAGAAUUUCUCUGCCCACCACAGUCAUCUAGAUGAGUUUCACCAGCUAGGAACCUAAAAACUCUCUCUGUGGGCUUCCUUCUGACCCCAGUUCAAAUGACCCUGUAGGCAGGAGAAGUCAAUGGGUUUUGAGGUAACCAGGAGGUAGGCAAAAGAUCAGAGGAGAGCCUUCUUUCAAUCCUCAUCUCCUUGUGCUUAUCCUCACUACCCAAUGAUAGUCCUUUCUCUGGGUCUGGCCUCAAGAAUUUCCCCUUAACAUGGGAAUGGGGUGGCUCCUGCCUUUGCAGCUUUGGUUUAAGAAAGCAGGAAAGUAUUACCAUACAACUAUGGAGGCAUAUGUGUGCACACAACACAUCACCAACCUAAACAUAUCUGAAAAUAAAUAAAUCCAUCCACGUCAUACAUACAUCUCAUCAUGAAAGGCAGAGAACCAAGCCAGAUUCCCAUUUAGAAGGCAGGCAAAGGACUAAGAACUUUCUCUUGAAUCCAUGGAUAAUGGAACAAAGCUAGGAAUUCCUAAGGACAUUAUUCAUCCUAAGAACUGAAUGGGGUAAAGGAUGGAGAGGUAAAUAGG